AUGCCAGUAGCCUCAAGGCGUGCCUCCAGUGCGAGCUCAGCUGAACUCGGCCGCCAGCGUAAUCUCAACAGAUACUACCAGCCAUGGCUCAACACCAAGAAGUUGGGUGCCGUGCCUCCUGCCAGCAAUCUCACGGCAUUCAGUGAAGCCGGCGCCAGCCCCCGCGUCUCUCACGACACGACUUUGACCGCUCUCGCCCAGCUGGCUGCUCUGAGAUUGAACGUCAAGAGGGCCAUGGUCUCUCUGAUUGACACAACGACCCAAAUCAUUCUGGCAGAGGCCACUCAAACUCUCUCCCUGGUGGAUGAGUCCCGCCACGCUCCAGGGGACAACAUAUGGCUCGGAAACGUCUUGCUCCCUCGUCACGACUGCAUGGACGAGCACGCGCUCAGCGCCAAGACCGCUUGCGAGGAUGCGCAUGGUGAACAGGUACAAAUGUCUGGAAUGGUCGUCAAUGACACAUUUCUGGACGACCGCUUCAAGGAUCGUGUAUAUGUCACAACCAAAGAUGGUGUGAGAUUCUACGCUGGUGUUCCCAUCAUCACAAAAGAGGGUCAUUCAAUCGGCGUCUAUGGUGUAUCCGACACUCGACCGCGGCCUAAUGGUCUCACCCAUGAUGAGAUGCAGUUCAUGCAAGAUGUUGCCGAAAUUGUCGCUGAGCACCUUUCCAGGGUUUUGGAUAGCGUUGGCCGUGUUUCUGAGAGGGACUUUAUGAAAGGAAUAUCCUACUUCUUAGAAGAUCAAUCAGAAUUUAAAUAUCGCCUGAGCAAUUCAGAAUCCGACACCAAAAAGUUAGACACAGCAAAGGAUACUUCAAUACAAGCGACAGACCCUCAACCUUCACCUCCACCAUCGCGGGGCCGCUCAAAUCACCAAGGUGUUUCUUCGGUCGGUAACAUCAGGUCUGCUUCGCCUUCCAGAGUCGGGGGCAAAGAAGAGAAAUCUACCGCGGCUGGGACAAGAGCGCCUCGGUUCUCUCGAGAUAUCGGGCCCCAAGACAAAGGUGCACCAACAGGAACAGAUGACAAUACACACAGAAUAUUCGCACAGGCUUCUCAAGUGUUCUGCGACCAAGGGAAAGCUACCGGCUGCGUCUUCGUCGAUGCUUCAUCGAGCAUUUUUGCCACCUCGCCCGCGGAAGGAAGCUGCCCUCCCACCAGCAUAGACCCAGUUGGAGACCAGGAAGAUCUAGACUUUGACACCAGCGAAGACCUUUCCGACGGAUCAUCACAAUCAGCGAAUGUUUUGAACGUCACUGUGACGGCCGAAGACGACAAUAGCAAUUUCUCUCAAGGAAUCAUCAGCAGGACCCACCUCAGGAAAUGCAUUCUUCGCUACCCCUUUGGAAAAUCCUUUUAUGUGAACAAAGGCAGAAUUGUGGCGGAUCAGUUGGAUGCGGCAGGAGGGCUUGCCGGGGAAGAUGACGGAGGAGAACCAAAUUCGAAUUUGCUUACUCAGUCCCGCAAACUGCUUCCUCCAGAAGUUCUUGAGUGCAUACCGGAUGCGAAGUGGAUCAUAUUUCUGCCGCUUUUCAACUACGCUCGAAGCCAAUGGUGUGCAGCCGGCUUCAUCUGGGGCAAUGACUUCAAGAUGGGUGACCCAGACGAGGCUUUGCCAUUUUUCAAAGCCUUUGGGUGUUGUAUGAUGAGUGAGUUUGAAAGCAUGGAAGUUCUCAAUAUGAACAUUGCUAAAUCCACCUUCAUCGCCUCCGUCUCCCAUGAUCUGCGAUCCCCCCUUCACGGUAUGCUUGGCAGCUUGGAAUUCCUCGAAGACAGCAUGACUUCAGCAUAUCAGAUGAGCUUGGUCAGCUCCAUGGAAACUUGUGGAAAGACAUUACUGGACACAAUCGACCACCUCUUGGAUUAUGCCAAGAUCAAUAAUUUGAACCGAACAAGUACACCUGCAAGGAUGCUUGGGAAUCGCGACCCCUCAAAGAGCCAAAAUCACAUCGCCCUCACCAGCCAAGAGAUUUCUGGUCCCACGUGUUUCGAUUUCUCACUCUUGCUCGAAGAGGUUGUUGAGGCCGUCUUUGUCGGUCAGACGUUUCGCAAGGUUACGCUCCGAAAUCGUGAUUCCGUGGACGAGGCAAGCGCAGAGAUCAAGGCCAUGUCACUUGAUGACUCGAGCUCCGCCGAUGACCUCAUUCAUGAGGGAAGUGCCAAGUUCUCUGGUCGCGUCUGCUUAGUCCUCAACAUCGAAAAGUCGCCAACUUGGUGCGUGCAAGGCCGAGCUGGGGCACUUCGCCGAGUCAUCAUGAAUGUUGUCGGAAAUGCAAUCAAAUAUUGCAAAAAAGGCUACAUUGAGGUCUCAGCUGCAAUGGAGGCCGCUGACGUCGAGAAUACCACGAUUCGCUUCUCAGUCAAAGAUACGGGUAUUGGAAUGUCGGAGGACUUCAUGACAAAUCAUUUGUUCAAAGCAUUCUCUCAGGAGGAUUCCUUUACUCCUGGCACCGGGCUUGGGCUCUCUAUCACUGCUCAGAUCGUCGACAAUCUCGGAGGCAGAAUCAGAAUAGACAGCGAAAAGGGCGUUGGAACCCACGUGCAUGUCACUCUCCCAAUGAAAACUGCACCACCUACAUCGUGCAUUCUGGGCCACGAUGAUCUGGUUUCUGAGCUCGAAAAGCUCUCGACUGGUAAGAAGCUCUGCAUCUUGAACCCAAAACCCCCAAAGAAGCCCACUAUCCUUGAAAAGUCAGGCUCAAAGCUUGAGAGUUCCAUAACUGCUUUUUGCAGAGACUGGUUCCAUAUGACCUGUGUCCAAGACCAUGAUGUUGCCAAUCAUCCAGAUGCGCAACUCUACAUUUAUGUAGAACCUCCUCCGAUCGAGGAACUUCUCAAUAUGCACCACGAACAAGUAGCCAGGGGAGAGUCAGUCGGAAAUGCCGCACUACUCAUUAUAUGCACAAAUGCUUUUGAAGCUGCAGCUUUGCGGGCUGCCGGCGUCGAUCACUUGACCUCCCUUGGCAGAAUUGUGGAAGUUACCAGCCAACCAGUUGGCCUGCGAAAGCUGGCCAAGAUUGUGCUGCAGUGCCUCAUACGGAUAGAGAAGGCCGAACUUGCUGCCACUACUGAGAACUCUUCAAUGUCUUCACGGCAAAGUGUUGAUAUUGAAGUGCAGAAGCGCGCCGCCGAAGUCAGGUUGAAUACUCUGUCAGUCGUCGACGAUCCCCGCGCAGGCCGUGAUCGUCCCCAUCUCGAAGAGCUAAGAUGGAAAUCAGACGAGCCGCGUAGAAAGUUGACCUUUGUGGAUUCCAGUGCAGCUGGUUCGUUGCGUACUUUGGGCAGGAAAGAUGACAGCUUCGAAGAUGGCAUCGCGCAACCGGCAUCUCCCAUGGGCCAGGAUUUUAGAGACAGGACUCGCCACCUUCCUCGUGUGCUUUUGGUGGAUGACAAUGCUAUCAACCUCAAGCUUUUGGUCACAUUUGUCAAGAAGAUAAAAUUGCCAUAUGCCGAGGCAACCAAUGGCCUGGAGGCAUUCACCAAGUACAAAGAUGCCGAUGCUCCUUUUGAUUAUGUUCUCAUGGAUUUGCAAAUGCCUGUCAUGGACGGCUUCGAGGCCACGAGAAAAAUCAGAGAACUGGAGUCGGAACGUGGCAUCACCAAGCCUGUGACCAUUAUUGCAAUCACUGGAGUUGGAAACGACCGGGCUCGCGAGGAUGCCUUGGAAGCUGGAAUGUCUCGUUACUUGACGAAGCCAGUCAAGUUCAAAGAGUUGCAACAUCUUUUGAUCAGCUAA